GUCAAUUCUUCGUCUCACUAUCGAAUCAUCACACUGCUCGCAACCUACAUCUUAUACAAUGCCCUUUUCCACCGAUGGAGUGUAUACUAUCCGAAACGUUGGCAGAGACCUCUUGCUUGAUCUAAGGGACUUCCAUACCACUGAAGGCAACACCAUUCAAGUCUGGCACAACAAUAGCAGCGUGGCUCAACAGUGGGUGGUCAAGCAACAAUACGGGCCAGUGUCCUCCAACAAGACUGUCACCAUUCAGUCCAGCAUCAACGGCAGCAAUGGAAAUGGAUUCUUUGCUGCUGCGACCCAGGAUUCGGAUGAACCAGUCGUUUACACCAGGCAGGCGUUUAUCGUCGAUCUUGUUCCACGCGAGGAUGAUACUUAUACCAUUAGCUACACUCUCGGGGACCCGAACCUUGUGAUAUCCAUUCCAAGUGCGACGCACUAUGAAGCGAAACUCGAGAAUCACGUCUCAGGAACUUCUCGCCAGCAGUGGGAAUUUACCCGUGUUGCUGAUCUCCAACCAGUUGUCUAGUUUUUGCCACUAGGUACCACCGUGAGCUUGCGGAGGCAUGCCGACGCUGAGCUAUAGAAUGUGUUUUUGCAUAUAUGUACUACGUUUUGUUCUGUCUCUUUUGUUGCAUAUGCGUGCGUUGAUGAAUAGGAUUGCUUUGGUCUGAC